AUGAGUUUAAUGUCAAUCCUAUUUCAGUGAGGUAAAUGUCAAUCCUAUUAAAAAAUCAUUUUUUGCAAUAUAGCAGGAUGAACAUAAAUUUCUUUUUUUUUAUCUUUUUUUGUCAUUUGUGUCACAAAAUUGUUGAUUUUAUAAUAAAAAACCUGGAUUACUUUCUUCAUUUUUAUUCAUUAAUCAAAUAAGUUAUUUGAAAUUCCAUUUUGUGUGUGUGUGCAAGUUUCUUUUAUAAAAUAUUGGAUGGUUUAUUCAUUUUGACUAUAAAUAUCUGAAAUUUUUGUUAUUGACUAGAUGUUGCUGAUGGUAGGACAACUGACACUCCAGAAUGCAGCAGAACUUACAAAAGCAUUGCAAAAGCGAAAUGUGAUGGAGGUAGUAACACUGCAGAAUGCAGUGGAACUUCAAGUGAUAUUGAAGUGAUAACACUUUCACUGACAGAGAAGACUGUGGUAUUGUUGACUUUUCGUACCACCAUGAGUCUGAAGAAGAUACUAAAGAUAGGAUGAAGAUAACUUGUCCAAUUCGCAAGAACCUUUGCCAUGAAACAGCAAGUAAUCUUGAAAAAAAUGCAAAAUUCAUGGUUAAAAAGUAUAAUAAACAAAAAAAAUUUAAAGUUGCAGUUUUUAAAGAAGGUGAUCAUGUCAGUGUGGCUAUACCAAAAUCAUUGCGUAACUCUACAGAUAUGCUGCGUUUGCCAUGUGUUGUUCUUCAUAAGUCGUUUGGGGAAAAUCCAACCUAUAAGUUGGUGACAUCACAUGGAGUUCUUGAAAAAAGAUUUAAUGCCACUAACUUAAUGCCAUACAGCAGUAUUGUCAAAGUUAAAAGUGAUGCCAAUGUUAGCUUAAGUGAGGCCGUCUUAAAUGAAAUCACUAGUAAAGUAGUCUUUUGUCGAUGUAAAAAAGCCAAACCAAGCACUGUCAAUGCUUUGAAAAUGGAACACCAUGUGUCUCAUGAUGUCAUAAAGGAAAAACAAAAAAUUGCAAAAACAACAACCCCCAUUUUUCUGUACAGAGUGAAAGUAAGUCAAAUGAAACCUUAGACCAAUAGUUUAUGAAGCUUUGAAUUAUUUUAUUUAACACCAUUAAUAGAAAAUUAGAUUUUACU